AGUGACCAGUCAUUUUCACCUUUGUCUCCUAAUGGCCUCCCUGCUCAUUCCGCUCAUUUAUCAUUCUCUUUCUUUUUUUUUCUUUUUCUUCUGUUUUGGCAUUCAUCUUUGUAGGGGUAGAAAGGUGUGAGACUUUUUCUCAUACAUCAAUCAGAGGCAUUAGACUUACAUAAUAGGUUAACACUCCCAUAGCCAAAUACAAGUUAAUGAGAAAAGCAUGACAAAUUUAUUUAAUCAAAGUUUAUGUGACAUGGGAGCCUUCAGAAAUGAAGACCCGAGACCCAGGUAAAACUGUCUAUUUUAUGUUUAGGUCCUCCUGUGAUUUGACUGUGUUCUCCAAAGUUCAUGGGUUGAAAACUUAGUUCCCAAUGCAACAGUGUUUAGAGGUGGGGCCUAAUGAGGUGAUAAGGUCAUAAGGGCUCUGCCUUCAUGAGUGGAUUAAUGCCCUUAUCAUGUGAGUUGAUAAUUGAUUACAAAAGUUGGCUUGCUAUGAAAGCAAGUUUGCUCCCUCUUGCUCUUUCAUGCUCUUUUGCUUUUCUGACUUCUGCCAUGAAAUGAGGCAACAGGAAGGACUUCUCCAGAUUCCAGUAUCACGCUCUUGGACUUCCCAUUCCCGGAACAGUGAGCCAGAUAAACUUCUAUUGCUUAGAAAUUACCCAGUCUGUGGUUUUAUGUUAUAGCAGUACAAAAUGAGUUAAGACCUGUUCGAUAAAGAAUAGACAGCUGUGUUGAAAUAUAAGUAGAUAAAAGUAUGGAUAUAAUGUAGUGGCAAUAGGCUGAAGGAGGAAAACCCAGCAAAAUCUUUCUGUUCGAUUCUUCUUGGACUCUUUAUACAGCAUUCUUUUUUUCCAGGAGUCAAUCUUAAGAUGGGAUGCUUUCCUGUGAAAACUGACACUAAGUAAUCUUGGGAACCAAAGACUCUAGGACUCUUGGUGCCAACAGUUACUCUAUAAUCUGAAAUCUACUCUACCUCCAUUCCUUUGUAUUGCCUUCAAAUAUCACACUUCAAGUUAUAGUGACUAGGCUUAAAGAUUUCACAUAUCAUCCAAAGAAAUCUGUUCAAGUGGACAUCUAUCAACAGGUUACUUGAAUUUCCAUUAGAGGAGCAGAAAUGCCACCAACGUCAAGUGCCCCACCUCUGCAUCCACCUCCAGAUGGAGGAUGGGGCUGGGUUGUGGUUGGAGCAGCUUUUAUCUCCAUUGGAUUUUCAUAUGCAUUCCCCAAAGCCGUCACCGUAUUCUUCAAAGAAAUUCAGCAAAUAUUCCAUACUACCUACAGUGAAAUAGCAUGGAUAUCAUCCAUUAUGCUGGCUGUUAUGUACGCAGGAGGCCCCAUAAGUAGUGUUUUGGUGAAUAAAUACGGCAGCCGGCCAGUGGUGAUAGCAGGAGGCUUCCUAUGCUGCCUUGGAAUGGUGUUGGCCUCCUUCAGUAGCAGUGUGGUGCAGCUGUACAUCACUAUGGGAUUCAUUACAGGUUUAGGUUUAGCCUUCAACCUGCAACCGGCCUUAACGAUAAUUGGCAAAUACUUCUAUAGGAAACGACCCAUGGCAAAUGGACUGGCCAUGGCAGGAAGUCCUGUUUUCUUAAGUUCAUUGGCUCCUUUCAAUCAGUACCUUUUUAAUACUUUUGGCUGGAAGGGAAGCUUCCUGAUUUUGGGAGGUCUACUUUUGAAUGCCUGUGUGGCUGGGUCUCUCAUGAGACCCCUUGGGCCCAAUCAAACCACUUCUAAGUCUAAAAAUAACACGGGCAUAAGAGAAGAUGAUUCAGGCCUGAAGAAAAUCAAAACACAGAAAUCAACUUGGGAAAAAGUUAAUAAAUAUUUAGAUUUCUCCCUUUUUAAGCAUAGAGGAUUUCUGAUAUAUCUGUCUGGAAAUGUCAUUAUGUUCCUAGGUUUUUUUGCCCCCAUUAUAUUCUUGGCUCCAUAUGCUAAAGACCAGGGAAUUGAUGAGUAUUCUGCAGCUUUUCUGCUCUCUAUUAUGGCUUUUGUUGAUAUGUUUGCUAGGCCUUCUGUAGGAUUAAUUGCAAACUCCAAAUAUAUUCGACCUCGAAUUCAGUACUUCUUCAGUUUUGCAAUCAUGUUCAAUGGAGUGUGUCAUCUCUUGUGCCCACUGGCACAGAACUACACAAGCCUGAUAUUAUAUGCUGUAUUUUUUGGCCUUGGAUUUGGGAGUGUUAGCAGUGUCCUCUUUGAAACUCUCAUGGACCUCGUGGGUGCACCAAGAUUUUCCAGUGCUGUGGGACUUGUCACAAUUGUGGAGUGUGGCCCAGUUCUUCUUGGCCCUCCUCUUGCUGGUAUGUUGGUGGAUGUAACUGGUGAAUAUAAGUACAUGUACAUGUCCUGUGGGGCUAUUGUGGUAGCAGCAAGCGUGUGGCUGCUGAUUGGCAAUGCUAUCAACUAUAGAUUGCUUGCAAAGGAAAGGAAGGAGGAAAAUGCGAGAAAGACGACCAGAGAAUCUGAACCCUUGAGCAAACCUAAACAUCCAGAAGAUGUUCAUGUCAAAGUCUCAAAUGCUCAGAGUAUAACCUCAGAAAGAGAAACUAAUAUUUAACAAGAAUCACAUCUCUGAUUUCAGUGUUUAUGACUUGCCCUAGGAGUUUGUUUUCCAUUUUGUUUUUAAAGUACAGGAAAAGUUUUUAGCUGAAAUGAAGAGUCACAAUUAAGGAUGGAGAUAAUAUUCUCCUCAAUGGAAAAUUUUAAGUUCUUUUUAAAAACUAAUUUGGGUAGUUAAAUUUUGAGAUUAUGCAUAGAAAGAAUCCAUGCUAUAGGUUUAUUUCCAUACCUGACUCGGUGUGGUGGUUAAAAUACUAAUUUUAAAGUCUUCCAGUGACUUUCGGUCUUGGUUACAUGAAGAGUUCUGAAUCCCAAACCCCUGGGUUAAGUAGUUAGAAGGAGGAUGUCUAAUCCUACAAAGUGAUCCUUUAUACAUUUCAUUUUUUAUUUGAUAUUAAGGUAUGAAUAGAAUUGAGAGAAAUUAAUUUUCUCUUCCUACACACCAACACACAUAAUCCCACGUGGUUACCCACAUGUACACAAAAUAUCUGGAGAAUAAAAAACAAAUUUUAAAAAAUCUUGAUAAUUUAUUUUUAAAGUAAAAAAAAAAUCCAUGAAGACAAAAGAAACAUAUCUGCAUGCUACUUUACAAUGUUGGUUUUAAAGAUAAAUACAUGGGUAAAAAUGAGGGUGAUCCUUAUUCAAAAAUACAUCUGACUGCUAUAAAAAUAUUUGCAUAUAUGUUUGACAAAAAAAGAAAAUCAAUGUUAAACCAUUAUAUCUGAGCACUGUUAGACUUAAUCCAUGCAGAUGAGUUUUUCUGAGUAGGGGGCAUUAGUACCUGGUGCUAGAGAACAGAACCCUCAAAUAAUUUUCAGAAUUCUUACCUGAUAUGUAACAGUAUGAUGACUCUUAACAAUGAGCCACAUUCAUUGAUUUUACAAGGAUUUUAGUUCAUAAUCCAGAAAGUAAUAAUCAGGUAUUUUCUUUUAACCAGGCCUCCAUCCAGAUUGGCUGUUAUAUUGAAAUAUCAAAGUAAAAUCCUAGUUGGCAAGAUUCUAAGUAGACUGAAUUCUAAUUUUUCCCAACACAUAGUGGUGAUCAGAGGUUACUGUUAUGAGUACUCCAUCUGACUACAGCUAAGACUGAGAAGUGGUUUUAAUGAAUCCUCUAAGCUCUCUCAGCUCCCUCCCUUCCACAAAAUGCUAGAGCAAAAGCAAACCACAAGUGGGCCUUGUGCUCAACCACUGGAAAUGCCUCCUAGGAUAAGAAUGGCAGUACUUGAAAACUCUUCCCUCUUCUGAUGAGACUUCCUGCUGCCUUUGGACAUAACAAAGUCAGGAAACUUAUCUUCUAGAAAUAGAGACACUUUGUGACUUGGAAUUGUAAGUAUAGUUUAUAACCUGAUAGCAAAAAGUUUGAAAUAGUGCAGCCCAGGUUAAUUCAGCACUUUCCCUCUUUCAUAACUGUGUGAAAACAUCUGGGAAUCUGAAUCACUCCUGAAUACAGAGGCAUAUUCUUUUCAAACUAUAGAUACCAUUUUGAAUGAGAAAGUACAUUUAAACAAGAAAGAAAUUGUACAUUAUGACUAAAGCUAUAAAUACGAUAUUUACCUCUAUAAAUCUGAAGUUUAACAUUAUGAUUAAUUAAAAAGAAGUAUUUAGUGCUUGACAAUUAAAACAAUGUCACCCUUAAGAUGUCAAAGGCAAUUUGCCAUUCUUUUUUUUUUCUUGUAAUAAAGGCAGGUGCUGUUUUUUCCUGUGAGAUUGCACCUGGAUACCAGCCUUUUGUAAUAGUUAAUGUCAAAGAUUUGAUUCAUAAAGUUUAUUCACUGCUUAAGCAUGUGGCUCAUAUUUAGGGAGCUAUAUAAAAUUCAGUUUUUCAUUUAACAUUUGCUCUUUUGCAUAUGAAGAGAUAUUUGUAUUUUUCAAAUGUUAAGUAAAACAAGAUGUGCCAAGAUCAUAGGUAAAUAAAUUAGGAAAAAUGUGGGACUUUAUGGCUGUUUUUAAUUUAGUUUCACCCUAUCAUGAUUCUUGAAUUACCUUUGUUUAUAUUUUUAGUUCUUUUUUAUUCAGCUCUGAUUUGUCAAGAAAUGUAACCUCUAAAUUGUGUAGUACUUCUCCAAUCAUAAGUUUCCAAAAAAAAAAAAAUUUACUUUCCAAAAAGUGUUCUGAAAAGAUAUAUUAAACUAAUAUGAAUAUCAAAUCCCCACGGGAAAUAAAUGGCAAAGUAAUAUUCAUGGGGUUUUAAGUAAAAGGCUAUAUUAUAUUCUUUUUUAUUACCUUCUAGUAGAGACAUCCUGCUGGAUGCAUUUCAGUGGCCUUCUCCAGGAAGGAGGUUUGUUUGCUUACUGAUGAUUUUCUUGUCACGUGAAAACCAAUUCACAUUUGUCUGGCUGCUCUUUGAUUGUCUUCAUUAGUCAUCUAUUUCUAACACUGAUUGUAUUAAAUUGUUAGAAAAGAAGGUAAAAUUGCAUAUUCAAACACACGAUAUGAUCUGUACAAUCUCACCUGACGGUAGCACUGCACAGAGUUACAAAUAUGCACACAUAUUAACUCUCAUGCUUAAAUACUGACAGUUAAACCAGAACACACUUGAAACAGUGACAUAAAUACCUGCAGUAUUCAGAAUUGGUCCAGGGUAAUAUAAAUUAUUUUACUUAUUCACUCUCUCCACCCUCUUCAAAUUGUUAGAAGAUUUGCUGCUUUAGGAAAAUCUUUGCAAGAUUGAGAAAAGAGUAUCAACCUAGGAUUUUCAUUAUUAUAUAGACACAUAAAUGGAGGAGGAGAUAUAUUUGGCUUCUGUGUCUGCAACAAUUAGUGCUGAAAGUAUUUCUUCCCCUAGAGAAAAACAGGUUUUCAAUGUUUGAGAUAUCAUGAAGCAAAGUCAGAGUAUACCAUUAAAAUCCUCACUAAUCUCUAUUCCCCCAUUAUGAGAUUGUACAAAAGGAAGGGUAUCAUUAAUCAAGGUAUCCAAAUAACUCAUAGCAACUUUUCAGUAUUCUUUCAUUCAUGUUAACUGAGCACCCCAUAUUUUUCGUUACUUAACUUUAAAUAUGCCAUCACUAAUUUAUGAAGAGAACAUUGGACUUGCUCUUUUUCUGACCUAUUCUCGCCUCCUUUCCUGAUCCUUUUUGAGUUCACUUAGCACACCUUAAGAGACAACAGAUCAGGUUUUAGUGUAUUUCACAUUGGAAGACAUGAUGUUUUCUCAGUAUAAAUCUACAUGACUCAUAAAUAUCACUUUUUUUGGUACCAAUUUCCAACACCUUAGCUCAUGGACUCAUUGGCCUCUGCCUAAUACUAAGGAAUAAGUAAAAUAAUUAAAGUUGGUAUAUUUGAAUGUGCACUUUAAAAAGUCUAGAUCUUUUGUACUCAUUCUGUUCUGGCUGUGCAACAUGACAAUCAAAAAUGUAGAAAAGAAGACUAAAGGAUGAUAUAAAUGUAAGUUUUGAUGUAGAUGACAUAAAUAUGAAGAGAGAUUCUUGAUCAGUUAGUUGAAACUUAUUUUUCACUUAAAACACCGUUAAAAAUCCCUUUCAUAUAUAGAAUGUUGAACACUUUUAUUAAAACAAAAGAAAAAAUCAUUUUAGGCUCAAUUUAAUAGGGAGAUAGGAUACUUAGUGGAAAGGAACUAAUAUUUAUGUGUCAUGCAUUUUGUUUAUGUGAUGCCUUUCAAUAUUUAGGCCAAACCAUGGCAGAAUUAUUACUAGCUUGAUAUGAUAGAUGAGUGAAAACCAAAAUCACAGAAGCUCACCAAACUGAAGUUAAAAGGUAAUAUGAACCAAAAUUAAAACUCAGGGUUACCUAAAACCAGAAAGAACCCCUAGAGUGUUCACUACCAUGCUGCCUCCCGAUAGAGGCCAGAGAAGUAAAGGUAAAUAAAAUAUAGGUACAAAAAAAGUACAUCUUAUACAGUAAAACAAUUAGGUUUAACUGUAAUUUGUAUUAUGACUUAUUCAUUGUUUACUAGAGAAUUGCAUUUACUAGAACCUGAAUAUGUAAUUUCUAAUUGCCCGCUUUUCUCCCCAAUGCAAAUUAUCUCAAAUAUUGAUAAUGAUAAUGAUUAUGUAUAGACAUGACUACUUUAAUAUGACUCUUUUUCUCAUAAAAAUAACAUAAUACAUUUUUUCUGAGGUUAGAUUUAGGAGGAAAAUGUUAUCUUUGAUGAAUAAAUAAUUCCCAGAUUGGUUGCUACAUAUCAUGACCCAAAAAGUAAAAUAAUUAGCUGGAUACGGUGGUGUGCACCUGUAGUCUUAGCUUCUUGGGAGGCUGAGGUGAGAGGGUCAUUUGAGCCCAGGAAUUUGACGCUUCAGUGAGCUAUAAUGGCCUCACUUGCGCUCCAGCCUAGGAAACAGAAUGAGACUCUGUCUCUACUAAAAAAAAUAAAUAAAGUAAUAUGUACUUACUAGAGAACAUUAUAUUUAGAAUUUUAGGGGUUAUUCCAUUUAUAAUAUUAUCCCUAGCUACCAAAACACAUUAUAAGAUACAAAUGAUUUGGUUUAUCUAUAUUGUUACAUAUUAAUUUUCAUCAUUUUAUACAACUUAUGCUACAUUCUAACUUAUAUUUCAAGUUUCUCUGAACAUCUGUGUUGUCAUUCUCCUCUUUGUCCAUUUGUUCCAUGGAGUAAACAAGAAUCAUUGCUUUUGUCUUCUCCACCUAGACUUUUCAAGUCCCUAAUUAGAAUGUAGUUCUCCUUACCUCUAUUCAAAUAGUGCACUCACAAGGCACUGCAUUCUUCAUAGUCAACCAUGAUGCUCAUGUUUAUAAUUAUAUACACAUUUAAUUGAAUGUGAUUUUAGAGUUUUAAAAAGCUAAUCUUCUUUGGCACUAUCCUGAAUGUUUUUAAUUUUCUCAAAGUGCCUGACAACAUUGAGUAACAAAGCAUACCAUCACAGCAUUGCACCAUUAUGUAUUACUCUCUAUCAAUGCAAGGACAUCACUGAUACAUCAUAGCAACAAGAUUUUUAACCAUAACCAUUCAGCGCACCAAUCAGCAUCAAAAGUAUUGAGAAUAAAAACUAAUAUUACAGGGAAGGCACAGUGGCUCAGGGCUUUAAUCCCAGCACUUUGGGAGGUCAAGGCGGGUGGAUCAGGAGAUUGACAUCAUCCUGGUCCACAUGGUGAGACCCUGUCUCUACUAAAAAUACAAAAGUUAGCCAGGCAUGGUAGCAUGCACCUGUAGUCCCAGCUACUUAGGAGGCUGAAGCAGGAGAUUGCUUGAACCUAGGAGGCAGAUGUUGCAGUGAGCUGAGAUAGUGCCACUACACUCCAGCCUGGGUGACAGAGUGAGACUCAGUCUCAAAAAAAAAAAAAAAGAAAGAAAGAAAGAUGAAUAUCAUAUAUAAAAACUCAAGUUUACCCAUCUGUCUCUAAGAGUUUGAUUUCUGCACAACCAUAUGCAUGAUCUCAUCACAGGCCCAAUUAUCAGUAAUUAUAAUGCUCACAUAAUCAAAAUUAUAAAUUAUCCUUGUUGAUACAAUUAACAAUGAAUAAUUUUCUGAGCUUAUGUCAUUUUUUAUAGUUAUGAUUUUCUCUUCUUUCCUAUCGGUUGUUUGUGCACUGGAGAUUUCAGCUCUUUGCAGGGUGCUACAAUCCGGUUUAUUUUAGUCUUCUCUCUCCUACUGCUUUUUCUUCACUUUAAUUCAUUUCUGUGCCAAUCAUAAAAGAAUUGCUGUAGUAUUGAGAAUUGUCAUUUAAAAAGUCUCUACUUUAAGAGCAAAAUUAAUAUUACAAAAUGAAUUUUUGAUUUUACAAGAGUAUAUGGGAAUUUAUAUCAAAUUAAUUUUUCCAUCCCAAUUUCCUUCUUCAUAUAUAUACGUAUAUAUAUAUAUAUAUAUAUAUAUAUAUAUAUAUAUAUAUAUACAUACUAUAUAUGUAUAUAUAUAUAUAUAUUUACUUUAAGUUCUGGGGUACAUGUGCAGAUUUGCUUCUUUACCAUCUCCCCCUUUUUUUCUAUAAUUAUUUUUUAAAUGUUUUUCUUUCUGUGUUUUUAUAAUUAGAGAUAAACUUUUUAACAUUUUCCAUGUAACUGUGGACACUUUUAGUAUGGCUUUUUGUUUCUUUGGUGUAUUUGGUUACAUUUACACUGUUUGCAUGAGCUACAUGCUUUCAGUCUUCAUAUAUACUUGUUAAUAAGGUGAGCAAUAUUCAGGGAUAUUUCAAUAGGCAAUUAUUUAAUGAUUAUAAAUUUAUUCACAUUUCAGCAAAUAUUUUUCACAUGAUCAAACAGGACUUUUUGUUUCUUUUUUUAUUUAAAUGUAGCAAAAUAAGCUAGAGAAUCUCUGUUACUAGAUACUGAACAUUCUAUUAAAAUAGAAUAAGUUGAUAUAAAGCUCCUCUCUUCAGAAAAACAAAAUGGCAUUUUUAUCUCACGUAAAUUUAGGAUGAAAUUUUAAAACAUUCUUUUGACUAAGACAUUCUAGUUUUUUUUAAUUUUCAUAUACAUCUAAAAUAAGUUUUUUGAGUUAGACUCAGUUUAUAUAACUUGCUCGUUAGAGUAGACAUUGUUUUUUCAUCCUCAAAUUCUCAGGAGUACACAUUUCUGACAAGCUGUUCAAUGGUUCAAUGGAUUUUAUUUUUCUACCAUCAACUUUCUAAAUCUAACUAAAGUAUUAAUAUUUCUACAUUUAGUAAAAUAGCACAUAUGAAUUAAAAUAUUUAUUUCUAAGCAUUAAAUCGAAUUGUAUUUUGACUUGUUUUGAUAUUUUGUCUCAGAUGAUGAAUUUAAUUAAUUCAUCUUAUCCUCUCAACCCUCAGUUUUGUUAGGUAGCCACAUUUUUACUAUAAAAAACUAGACCAGAUUAAGGAUUUUACCAAACUUACACUAAUACUCUUGAGUAAAUGCAGCGUUGGGGAUAGAAUUCAGGUCUUUUGACUUCUAAUUUUUUUUUCUUCAUUGCACUACAGAAGCCGUAAGGUCAUAAUAAUGACCUUUAUAGAGUGAAUAAAGUAUUUUCCUAGAAAUACACAUAACAACCCUACUUGAUAAAUAGUUUAUAUCCCAAAUGAAUAUAUUUUUUCCAAUCAUGUCUUGCAAACUCAUGUUUGCAAACUAAAUUUGAAGACUAUUUCCUGAUUGCCACAGCAGGUAAUUCUUGACAAAUAAGAAAUCAUAAUUAGUGAGAUUAAUUAUUUUGCACAUCAUAUGUUGUUAUAGCAAUAUCAAAAUCACUUAAAACAUACCAAUAUUGUAUUAACAGAAAGGGUGUCAAUAUCUCAUUAAUUCUUGUUUCAGUUUAUGUUCUUUUUUAUUUUAGAAGCAGUAUUCGUUUGUUUUCUAAAGUAGAAUGCGAGAGCACAGAACACACAGUACAAGUUUGUUAAAUUAUUAAAGUGUAUGCAAGAAAAUGUUGCCGUUGCAUAAUCUUGCGGAGAGUACCUCUACAGUAUGUCUUGAUCUAAUAACCUGAAGAUGUGUUAAUGAAAUUAUUAGAAUAAGAUCUAUCUCCAAAAUUUCUUAUUUUGUGAAUGUUUUUUACAUUUAAUUAAACAAUACUGAAAUCCACAACAGCUGUUUGGCAACAGUGUCACCAGAGCUUCUUUUACGUUAGAGAUACCAUCUACCUCCCUCUGCAUCUUACCUAGAUAGAUAGAGUCUUUCUUGAUUUUCUCCUUUAUUCCCUUGCAGGGAAUAAACAAAAAUUACACCUAAAUUAAAGAUCCCUGGUGAAAGGGAAGAGGAGUUGCUGUUAGGAGUUUUCCCUGUAAAGCUGUAAAAACAGUAAUCCGCAUUCAGUAUUUGUUUGCUUCGUUCAUCAAGAUGAGUUCAUCAAGAUAUUUACCAUAAAAACACAUUUUUAAAAAAUUGGAUAAAAUUGUGUAUCACAGUAAAAUUUUUCAUGAACUGGUCCUAAAAACGUCUGUAGUAAGUGAUGUGUUUGGUUAGAUUCAGCUAAACUGACACCCAUACAUGAAGAUUGCAUUGUCAUUCUGACAGGAAGCAGGCCUCAGUAGUUGCAGUGCAUGCAUUUACUAAUAUGAGGACCCUUCCUUGUAGUGACAAAAACAAGAUUGUACCAAUCAAAUAUGACUCAAAUGGAGUAAUUUCCUAUAUUGCAGACGAAAGAGCAGGGUCUUUUCAGGUUUUUGCUAAAAUUGACAAAAUUUGAAGCUUUUUAUGUAAGAGUUCUUCUCCCAUAUAUUUUAAACUAGCAUGUUAAUUAUUUCCUAGAAUGAAUAAUUUAUUUUGUUAUUUUGAAAUCAUUUUACUUACUACUUAUAUUAUUUGAACAAAUAUGUUUUUCUCAUCCAGUAUUAAACUGAAAAGAACAUUUAAAAUAAGAUUGUUGGAGUAAAAGUUAUACAUAAGAAUUUGUUGCUACUAAGACAUUCUUUGGCAACAGCCAUAUCCAGCUAACAUUUGCAAGAAUUUUUUAAGGGAUUAGAUUUAGGGUUAAUCUUUAGAAUUAUUUUUAAAAUGUAAAUUAUAUUUUAGGCUGUAUUUUGUGAUUUUUAAAUGAAAAAUAUAAAAUAUAGUUGUCUUGUUUAUUCUAUAGCUAUCUUAAUGACCACUGAACAAAUGAUUAUAUUGCCACUUGGUCUACCAACUGUGGUUACUAUGAUAGUGAAAUAAAGAGGAUAGUUUUACUUGAUACCUAAGGUGAUCCAAGCAGUUGUUUUUACAUCACCUAAAUUAUGGCUGUAUUAUUUCAUUUUUUAAGAAAAUUAAUAAAAUAUAAAAUAAUACGUUUAAAGAUCUGUCAAAGUUUUCAAAUAUAAGAUAGACUCUUCUUUUUUGCCUUCUUACACAUGAAUGUACUUAGAGUGAUUGUUAUGUGAUCUUGGGAUAUUUAUUUUAGAAAUUUUUGUAUAUAUAGCGGUUCUGAAGUUAGCAAAUAAUAUGUGUAAAAGAACCAAAAAUGAAAGACCUGGCAUUUUCAUAUGGAUACAUAUUUUGUUUAAACUAAAUAAAAUAACAUAGAUUUAUUUAAGUCAGGAAGAUAUUAUGUUGUUGAUCAUUUUUAAAGUAUGUAGUUCAAUUGUUUCUACUUCGUUUUUAAGCACACUUGUUUAAGUUUUUGCCUUUCAGGUAUACUACAUGUUAUGUGGACAUAUGUUUUAGAAUAAUCUCUUGUAGUUUCUCAUUUUCACUGCAUAACAAAUUUGAAACCAAUGUGAAUUUCUCUUUGAGAGGACAUAUUUUGCCUGCAGUUUUGAAUAUAAUUCAUCUUUCUUUUAUAGACUGUGAGCUUCCUGUGGACAAGGAUGUUAUUUUAAUUAUAAUAACGACUUUAAUACCUAGCAAAGUGCCAGGCAUAGAGUGUUCCUUUAUUGAAAUGAGUUGAUGGAUGUAGAUUAUUAAAAUGCUACUACAUUAUUCUAUGAUGCAGGCUGAAUGUAUAUGAGAGUAAUUCUGUAGCUAAUUUUCAAACUAAGACAUAGAAAACAAAACACCUGUAGCAUUUUCUUUAUUUAAAUUUGAAACUCUGUUUUGAAUCCUUUUUAUUGUCAGUCAAACAUUCUAUGCAAUAUUGAAAUAUGCAGCAGCUAAACUUUAAGGUGUAUAUUAAUUAGUUUUAUUUUCUUUUCAAAAUCAGAAAUGCUCUAUUUAAGCUUCCUGGAGAUGUUGACAAUCAUUUUAAUGACCAAAGGUGCUACUUAGUUUUCAACAUUUACCUUGAUCAUAAGUGCUUCUAUCUGCUGAGCUUUAUUUAUUCUGCUUUGCAGAAAGUUUGGUGGGAAGGAUGCAAUAAAAUCAGAAUAUCUCUUUUGUCUGAAUUAUGCAGCUUAGCCCAGUCCAUGUUCCUCUGUACUCUAUUCUUACUGUAUUUUAGUUAAUAUUUCUUACUGCUCACUAAUUUUUAUUGCAGGUCUGUGCUGUUUCUUAGAAAGUACAUGCAUAUAUAUUUCUAUAAUAUGUAAGAAAAAAUCUGUAUUGCUUAUUAAAUUAAAAUGAAAAUGAAACAUGUUUAUGUUAAAUUUUCAAACUGAAAUCUAUACUACAUUUUCUUAAGGACCAUUCAAUGCUGCUACUGCAUGCUCAUCAAAACAUAAUUUCCCACAUUGGACCAAAUUAAGGGCAUGUCUUUUGUCUGAAUGUACAUAAAUGUCAAUGGAAGUCAGACACAGCCAAAAAUACAAUGAAUUCCUAAGGGCUAAAAUGGA